UUGUAAGUCUUUAUUGAAGUUGCGUACCUGGGUCUCCCUGGUGUGGGCUCUUCCUUGCGUUUUCACAAUGUUUCGUCGAGUCACUCAAUGUUUCUCCUUUCUUCUUUACAGGUAUCCACUUAGGCACAAAGCACAGUUAGUUGGUUUCACAAUGGCUCUCACCUCUUGGCUGGACUCAGCGUACCGUAAGUACAGGUCUCGUUCUGUUGCUCCUCAGAAUAAUCACUCUCUCUCCUCUUCUCUCCACAGGUAUCGACUUGGACACAAAGCACGGUUAGUUUGCUUCACAAUGGUUCCCACCUCUUGGCUGGACUCAGCGUACCGUAAGUACAGGUCUCGUUCUGUUGCUCCUCAGAAUAAUCACUCUCUCUCCUCUUCUCUCCACAGGUAUCGACUUGGACACAAAGCACAGUUAGUUUGCUUCACAAUGGCUCUCACCUCUUGGCUGGACUCAGCGUACCGUAAGUACAGGUCUCGUUCUGUUGCUCCUCAGAAUAAUCACUCUCUCUCCUCUUUUCUCCACAGGUAUCGACUUGGACACAAAGCACAGUUAGUUUGCUUCACAAUGGCUCUCACCUCUUGGCUGGACUCAGCAUACCGUAAGUACAGGUCUCGUUCUGUUGCUCCUCAGAAUAAUCACUCUCUCUCCUCUUCUCUCCACAGGUAUCGACUUGGACACAAAGCACAGUUCGUUUGCUUCACAAUGGCUCUCACCUCUUGGCUGGACUCAGCGUACCGUAAGUACAGGUCUCGUUCUGUUGCUCCUCAGAAUAAUCACUCUCUCUCCUCUCCUCUCCACAGGUAUCCGCCUAGCGAAACGCCUGAUGGAGUAAGCUGUCCCUACGUGGCGUCGGGGGCGAACCCUCUCGACGGCUGUGCGGUGGCAGAGGGGUGGGAAUACACAACGUCUCACCGGGCCGAGCGCUUCCCUUUCCUCGCUGCCGUCAGGCGUUCGAACGCUGGACAGGGGCGCCCCUUUGUAGAGGCCACGGGACGAUGAGAUCGUUUCACCUCGCUCUCUGCAACAAUAAGACUCGCACAGUUGACAGUAUUGAAUGAUAAUAGCCACAAAUCGUACUCACAAUGCUGCUGCUUCUCCAGCUCUUCGUUGGUGCUCAC